AUCCAUCCUUUACGAAUGCAUUUCCAAGCUGUUGUCUCAUUGUCCGCCCGUUCUGUGAUCACUUCCAGGAUCGCUCGGUUCUCCAAUGUUCAGCACCUCUCCGUGCACAUCUCAAAAAACUUUGGAGCAGAGAGCACCAGGGUCUACUACAUCGGCCUGAGGGGAGAAUACUCAGAGGCUCACAGACAUGAAGUGACCAUCUGUAACUACGAGGCGUCGGCAAACCCCGCAGAUCACAAAGUGGAGAGCAUCAUCCCACAAACCAACUUCAUUUCCUGAACGCUUUCAGAGAGUCAGAAAGGAAGAGGAGGACGAGGAGGAAGAGGAGGUUUCAGUGGCGUCUGCUUGACAGGAGUCAAAAAAAGUCAAAGAUGAGCUCAACGCUGCGCAGCGGCCGGUUGGUUGAGCUCGACCGGGACUGAGCACGAAAAAAUCUGAAGACCAGGGAGCUUCAGAUGUGUCUGGAAGUGCCGAGUUGUUGCUUUCUAUGGCAAAAAAGAGUGAAGGCUUAAUGUGGGCAAAAAAGCUUAAUAAUAAAUGCAUGAAACAUUUGUCACGCAGAUAAACGUCUGUUGUUAUCAGUUUAACCCGUAUACUCAGAUUCAUGUCUAAUGAUAUCAACCACUUCAAUAAAGAGACAGCUCAAUAAAAUGCUGAAGGCUGGAAAUAAAACA